AUGGUCUCCCUUUCAAACCUCGUCUUCGGACUCUCCAUCCUCGCCACCAGCGCAGUAGCUCAGUUCACCCUCACCGUCGUCCACCCCGACUCACCACUCGAUGGAUUGAAGGUCCACGCUUCAGCCCAGGCUUUCUACCUUGGUCUCUCCGGCCCUUCAACGUACUGCCCUUCCGUCGUUGAGCCCUACUGCCCAGACAAGACAGACACCGUUUUCGCAGGGAUGGGCGGAAUGUGGGUCAACGUCCCAGGUGGCCAACAGACUUACGUCCGCGCCGAUGGUGUCUUCGGCUACACCCAAGCCCACUCAGCCUACGUCCCAGAAGGUGCCUACCGAGGUGGCUUCGUCAACGUGAUUCUCAGUGGGGAUUGCAUUGAAGACGUCGCGGUGUACACCUGGCAGGAUCCUGAUGGGUCGGAGGACGAUGCAGGUAUCCUCGCCUGUCCUGACGUUCCUUAUUACAUGAAUGGCACGGCGACGUACCAGAUCUACGCCAAGACCCCGGAGUUCAAUCUUACGAACUGUGUGGAGUUGGGGGGUCUGAAGCCGACCGCUUGGCCCCAGAAUGCUGGGUUUGGUGCUUGGCAGUAUACUUGA